UCGCGGGGGAAAAGCGGGUUUGGGUCCCUGUGUGGUGUGUCGUGUCCCCGCGCCAGCGUGUUCUCCAAGUUUAUUUGUUCCUGUUCCAGGAAACAGUGAUCCCACCUGGACAGGGGGGAAUGGCUUUAAUCUGAAGGAGGGUAGAUUGGAUAUUAGGAAACAUUCUCCCCUGUAAGGGUCGUGAAGCACUGGCACAGGGAAGCUGUGGCUGCCCCAUCCCUGGAAGUGUCCAAGGCUGGGUUGGAUGGGGUUGGAGCAACCUGGUGUAGUGGAAGGUGUCCCUGCCCGUGGCAGGGGAAUGGAAUGAGAUGAGCUUUAAGGUCUGUUCUAAGCCAAACUGUUCCAUGAUUCUUGUGUGUCCCUGUCCAACAGGACAUUCUGUGAUUCUGUGAACUGCAAAGUCUCCUUCGAGAGGGAACAUCCACCUCUGAUUGUGGUGGAUGGAAGCUGGACUGUGGUGUUCUGCUGUAGCUGUUGGUCUUGGAAAACGUUGCUGGGAUAAACUCCUUCUGCCCUGCUCCAGUUCCUGUGGGGAACACAGAUUGCUCUUGUGCAAGGGGGACCUGGCAGGGACAGCACGGCAGGGACUCGGCUACCUAUGGUGGAGUGGUUGAGAAUUAAAACUCUCUCGUGUUGUGAAAUGAUUUGUUUUGUGCAUCGUGCACUGUGCGCCUGGGGAGAAUUUCCAGCAUUUGCGCUUUUUAUUGGCAAACCUUUGCGAUCUGAACCAAAUCUCAUGAUUAAUGGUUUCCAGUCCAGCUCACGGAGAAGGCGUGUGGAGUGGUGGUAGUGACAGCGCUGUCGAAUGAGCCUUUAACCUGGAGCUGCUAAAUCGCUGAAGCAGCAGCCAGGAAAACAAUCCUGUCUGAUUGUGCUCCGACAGGGCGUUCCCGCUGCGUUCCUUCAGGAGCCAGCGGGGGACAUUAACCGGCAACUUUGUAGCUCUCUGUGCUGCCGCUGACACAAACUCCUGGUGACAAGGUGAAGUGCAGCAGCGCACGUCACUCCCUGCCCUCAUCUCUCCCUGCCCGCGGUGAGAUGGGGCCAUACGGCCCAUUGCUGGGGCCCUGAGCUGCUCUCGGCGUUUUGCAGCGUGAGUUUGCUUCUGUUUCUUGGGACCAUCCAAAAGAAAAUCACCUGGCAAAGCCAAACCCGCUGCUUUCUCCAGGGCACGUGGGGAUCGACGCCGGAGCCGAGGCACGCGAGCUCGCCGUGUGCGAUGCGAGGAUGUGCCCGCGCCCUUGAUGACCUGCCCGCCCCUGGCCCCGCUGCUUUUCCCGCACGGCACCAUGGGAGGAUGCUUCUCCAAGCCCAAACCAGUUGAAGUGAAAAUUGAAGUAGUGAUACCUGAGAAGGAGAGAAGCAAGGAGGAGAUGUCACCCAAUGGGAAAGCCAGCCCCCUGAUCUACAAAGUCAAUGGAACAGCCCGGCACUACCACCUCGAGGAGCAUCCAAUUGCCAGCAGUCCCUACCACAACCCAAAGGACAUGGUGGAAGCAUCCGUUUGCCACGUGAAGGACCUGGAGAAUGGACAGAUGAGGGAAGUGGACCUGGGCUGCGGGAAGGCUCUGCUCAUCAAGGAGAGUGGCGAGUUCCACGCCGUGGGACACAAGUGUCCCCACUAUGGGGCUCCACUGGUCAAAGGGGUUUUGUCCAAAGGAAGAGUCCGCUGUCCCUGGCAUGGAGCUUGCUUCAACAUCGGCACAGGUGACAUUGAGGACUUUCCUGGCUUGGAUAGUUUACCCAGGUUCCAGGUCAAGAUUGAGAAGGAGAAGGUGUACAUCCGAGCAAGCAAGCAGGCGCUUCAGACACAGAGGAGGACAAAGAUGAUGGCAAAAUGCAUUUCCUUGAGCAACUACAACCUGGGCAGUACCAACGUGCUGAUCAUUGGUGCAGGGGCAGCUGGGCUGGUCUGUGCAGAGACCUUGCGCCAGGAGGGUUUCUCUGACCGGAUUGUGAUGUGCACAAUGGACAGACACUUGCCCUACGACAGACCAAAGCUCAGUAAGGGCUCCUGUGAACCUGCUUGUGCUGUGAGGAGCUGCAGUUAUGGCUGCUUUGCCAACUCUCAGAAGCAUUUACUGCCUCAGCUGGUCAGUACCAGCCCCACACUGAGCCAGCAGAGAAGGAACCGGAGCCCAGAUCGGCCUCUUGUGUCAAUGGAUUCCCAACCCGAGCAGAUCGCCCUGCGCCCCAAGGAGUUCUUCUGCACCUAUGACAUUGAAGUCCUGACUGAGAUGCAGGUUGCAGCUGUGGAUAUCAAGAGCAAGAUAGCCGUGUUCAAAGAUGGGUUUAAGAUGGAAUACAACAAGCUGCUGAUAGCGACUGGAAACACGCCCAAAGCUCUCAGCUGCAAAGGCAAGGAGAUGGAAAACGUUUUCAACAUCCGGACGCCCGAAGAUGCCAACCAUGUGGUAAAGCUGGCCACGAGCAAGAACGUGGUGAUUGUGGGAGCAUCCUUCCUGGGGAUGGAGGUGGCCGCCUACCUUGCGGAGAGGGCCCACUCGGUGUCCCUGGUGGAGCUGGAGGAAGUCCCCUUCAAGAAGUUCUUUGGGGAGAGGGUUGGCCGUGCUGUCAUGAAGAUGUUCGAGAGCAACAGGGUGAAGUUCUACAUGCAGACAGAAGUGUCAGAGCUGCGGGAACAGGAGGGGAAGCUCAAGGAGGUUGUGCUGAAGAGUGGGAAGGUCCUGCGUGCCGACGUGUGUGUUGUUGGUGUUGGUGCAGUUCCAGCGACGGGCUUCCUCAAGCAGAGUGGCAUCAAUAUCGACUCCAAGGGCUUCAUUGUGGUCAACAAGAUGAUGCAGACCAACAUCCCUGGGGUUUUUGCUGCUGGAGAUGCUGUCACGUUCCCACUGGCCUUGAGGAAUAACAAGAAGGUGAAUGUCCCCCACUGGCAGAUGGCCCACAUGCAUGGCCGUAUCGCUGCACUCAACAUGCUGGCCCAUGGCACAGAGAUCAGCACCGUCCCAUAUUUGUGGACUGCUAUGUUUGGGAAGAGCAUCCGGUAUGCAGGCCAUGCAGAGGGAUUCGAUGAUGUUGUCAUUCAGGGAGAUUUAGAUGAACUGAAGUUUGUGGCAUUUUAUACCAAGAGCGAUGAGGUGGUGGCUGUGGCCAGCAUGAACUAUGACCCAAUUGUCUCCAAGGUGGCUGAGGUCCUGGCUGCUGGCAGGACCAUCCGGAAGCGCGAUGUGGAGCUGUUUGUCCGUCACGAACCGGAGACAUGUCUUGGCUAUCAGGGAAAGGCUCCUAAUAUGCUGGUGGCUGUGCCCUCCUGAUGCUGCACUUGCCGUGUGGAGACAGGACAGCAGCUCCAUGGCCCGGUGGAAAACCCAUGGCUCAGCCAUUUCCCUUUGAGACCUGGAUGAACCCAUGGCUGGCACUGUGCACUGACCUUCCCAGGAGGACCUCCCAUGGCAUCUCUGCCCCAGUGCUUGCUGGGUUAGGUUCUGCCAUUGCAAUUCCCAUGGGACUGGAAGAGCAGCCCCCAGAGACCGUGGGGUUUGGCUGUGGCAAUGGGCAUUGGUGUGGCGUGGCUCCAGAUGCUGCCAUUGGGUUGAGGGUCCCCAGGUGGGUCUGCCCCAUGCACAUCCCUCACCUCUGUAAGCAGCAUGAGUGCCUUUGGGUGCUCCUGUGCUUUCAUGCAUGAUGCUCCUUCCCAAAUUCUCUUCACUCCCAGCAGAGUUCUGAUGCGCAUCCCCACAGAGCCUGACAUCCACUCCCUCUUUGCAUGACUGCAGUGUUUGCCACAGCUCUCCCUGUGCUCACCCACUCCAGGGGGCAUCUGGGUGGGCCAGGAGAUGGGGUCACAGCGGGUGGUCUCUGUGCAGCCUGUGACUGUGUGGUCCAGGCUGGUCCUGCCCAGCCCACCCCAGCACAGGCGGGUCCCUGCCUAUGCUGAGGGACUCUGGAGCUCACUGGUCCCAUCCCAGCACCUGCAGCUCUUGGUCCAUCCCCAGGGUGUGGAGCAGGGGUCCCUGGAGAGCUGGGACAGCUCAGCUGCAGCCCUGGACUUGGUGGCCACCCUUCCAGCCAGCCUUGGGAUGGAUGUCUCUCCUUAAUGACAUCAUGGGAUUGGUGCUGCUGCUUGAGGAAAAGUAGCUGGAGGAGCCAUCCAUCGUCUGUCCUGUCGUCUAGUGACAAGGCUGCAUUUCUUAGCCCACCAUGCAAGUGCUCUGAUGUCCUGUUUCCUGCCCCUGAUGAAGAAGAGCCAUGUCUCCAGCUCAGGAGUGGACCUGGCCAGCCACAGCCCUGUGUCUAUCAACCUAACAAGUGGGAGGGUGAGGAUCCCCUCGGAGAGCCUCCAGUGCUUUGUCUUGGGGGUGACUCCUUCCCCAGCAGUCAGUGUUUUACCCUGAAUCCAAAACAAGAGGAUUUAUAUUUUUAAUUUGAUUAACCCCCUAUGAAUUAAAGCAAUACUGUUUUUGGGA